UCUCUCUCUCUCAUUCGCAGCCUGCGGUUCGCAGAAACUCUCUAUACGCAGCAACCCCGCGCCCAGCAACCCUAGAUCCACUGCACCCUCGCCAAUCGCCACCGUCGUCGUUAGCCGGUUCGCCUCUUGUUGGUGCGCCGUAGGAACGCAACUUAACUCGUUGUCGCCUCUCGUCUUCUUGUCGCUAGACCACCAUCGCCUCUCUUUUGCAGCUCGCCGACUCCUACACAGCUAUUCCAGAGCGAGGUCUCGGUUGCACUUAUCUGAGGCUGGUUUGCUGAAGUUGGUAGGUUCAAUUCAAGGUCUCUGGACAGCCUGCACCCUUGAAGAAUUAAAACCUUGGUCUGAUCUUCCAUAAUUUUGUUGGACUCUGGGAUUGUCUUGCUCUAUUGGUCAGCACAAAUAGAGCAUUUGGACAUUAUUACAACUGCAUGCUCUAGAGGACAUAUAAACUAAUGGGGUGUUGAUUUCCAUGUUGCUGAUUAUACGGUUGCAGAACCACAUUAUUUGGUGCUUAAUGUUUCAAUACAAAUUAGGAGGAUUACGUUGUCUUCUCGCAUAUUAAUGUAAAAUUCGAAGACAUAUAGGAUAUCGGGCGGUUGUAAAACAAGUUCCAGUGGAAACGGGGAUUGACUUUGGAACCGGACCAAACAGGGUGGUUCCAAAAUAGGGUCCAGUGCAAACAGGAUCCAAAAAACAAGAACCGGUUAUAAUAGGUAGGGUACAGGGUCCAUGUUUGGAACCUACCCAUCCUGGACCCAAUCACCCCUAGAAAACACAGCUUCAAAUCUUUAGCUCACUGUCAUUGCCGAUUGUUAAACUCCAUCAUCCAAUGGCUUCUUCAUUGAAACCCGAAAGGAUUUAUGAUGUCUUCUUAAGUUUCAGAGGGGCAGAACUGCGUCGCAACUUUGUCGGCCAUCUCUACCAAGCUUUAAACCAGAAUGGAAUAUACACUUUCUUGGAUAACGAAGAACUGGAAAGGGGAGACAAAAUAUCACCAAUGCUUAUGGAGGCCAUUGAAGAAUCGCACAUUGCAAUCAUUGUUUUCUCCGAGGACUACGCUUCCUCAAGGUGGUGCUUAGAAGAGGUGGCGAAGAUUAUGGAGUGCAAGGAGCAAGGGAACCUCACCGUUCUGCCCGUGUUUUAUAAAGUGGACCCAAGAGAAGUGAGAGAGGGAAGAGAGAGUUAUCGAAGAGCUCUAGACAAGCACGAGUCCAAGUUCGGGAAGGAUUCGGACAAAGUGAAGAGAUGGAAGGAAGCUCUUUUCAACGCCGGUAGCUUGUCCGGUUGGAAUUUGAAUGAUGGAGAUGAGUCGAAGCUUAUACAAGAAAUUGUGAAAUGGAUCUCCUGUCAUCGUGACCAAAUGCCUUUGCAUGUUGCUAAGCACCCGGUUGGGAUAGAAUCUCGAGUGGUUAUGCUAAAAUCAAUGUUAAACCUUGAAUCUGAUGAUGACGUUGUGAUGGUGGGAUUAUGGGGACAAGGAGGUAUAGGGAAGACAACCUUGGCGACUAUUCAAUUCUACUUUUAGACAAUUUGAGGGUUCAUGUUUUCUGGCAAAUGUUCGAGAAAGAUCAAAAGGUUGCAAGGAUCUAGUGACUUUGCAAGAAAUAUUAUUGAAAGAUACAUUAUUACUGGAGCAAA